UGCCCUCGGGGCUCUCCAGAGCCGACGCGCUUUCCCCCCAUCCCCCAGAGGGCGCUGUGGGCGAAGCCGCCGCACUGCCGGAGGCGUCCCCGGGGAGGAGCCUCUCCCGCAGCGGCGGCCGCCUCCGCGAUCGCAAACCCGGAAGACGCGCUCUGGCAGCUGGGAGUGUGCGCCGGCCCGGCGCGGCCAUGCAGCCCCUGGUGGUAGAUCUGGCUCCCGCUCCAGCGAGGGAGCCGAGACUGACCCGCUGGCUGCGGAGAGGCAGUGGGAUCUUGGCGCACCUGGUAGCUUUGGGCUUCACCAUCUUUCUGAUUCUGCUGUCCCGGCCGGGAACCAGUCUUUUCUCCUGGCACCCUGUAUUCAUGGCCUUGGCGUUCUGCCUCUGCAUGGCUGAGGCCAUCCUACUCUUCUCGUCUGAGCACUCCCCGUUCUUCUUCUGCUCCCGAAAGGCCCGAAUCCGACUCCACUGGGUGGGGCAGACCCUAGCCAUCCUCUGUGCAUCCCUGGGCCUGGGCUUCAUCAUCUCCAGCAGGACUCGCAGUGAGCUGCCCCACCUGGUGUCCUGGCACAGUUGGGUAGGGGCUCUGACACUGCUGGCCACUGGUGGUCAGGCCCUGUGUGGGCUCUGCCUCCUCUGUCCGCGGGCAGCCAGGGUCUCAAGGGUGGCUCGCCUCAAGCUCUACCAUCUGACAUGUGGACUGGUGGUCUACCUGAUGGCUACUGUAACGGUGCUCCUGGGCCUGUACUCAGUGUGGUUCCAGGCCCAGAUCAAAGGUGCAGCCUGGUACCUGUGCCUGGCGCUGCCCCUUUAUCCAGCCCUGGUGAUCAUGCACCAGAUCUCCAGCUCCUACUUGCCAAGGAAGAAAAUGGAAAUGUGAGUUCCUCUGAGCUCUCAAUCUAGAUGGGACACUUGCCUUGGACUUCAAUGGUUCCUUUGGUGACCUUCAAGGGAUCCACUUCAGAAGUGGUAGGGUUUUUGUACUUCUUAGCUUGGCCAGGGGCUGCAGAAACCCAAAUUGCUAUUAUUGAUGGAUGACUCAGUGGGCCAAAAUGGGGAAGUAUACUGGGUACAAGUGGAAGGUGAUGUGGCGCUUGGUCCUGAAGCCUCCACUCUUGAUGGGAGACAGAAGUGUUGGGUGGUGGUGGUGAUGGUGUUGGCACGCAUUUCUUUCUUGCAUGCCUGAUAAACAGUUGGGUUCCUGUAACUUAUGAAUGGCAGCUAUGGCUCUUUGGGUCACUUUUGAGAAAGCAGUGUGCUGUAGUGGAGAGCCCAUGGGUCUUGUUUAUGGGUUAUCAUUCUCAUAGGCUCUAUAGUGCAACCUUAGGCAAGUCACAUGUCUCAGGACCUCACUUUUCUCAUCUGUGUAACAAGUGAGUGUUUCCAAACAAUCUCUUAAACAUUCAGUGUCUGUUGGGUUGAUGUCACAGAACACCCUCCCAGCUCUGGACCAUGGGCUGGACCACUCAGCAGACUCAGGAUGUAAUUCUUACAUUCAUUAUCCCCUUACCCCUCUGGAGGGACAGGUCUACCCUCAUGGCCUUCCAGGAAUCUGUGCCAAUUUGGCCCCUGGACCAGGGCACAAGGGGUCAGGCCCUGUGGAGAGAAGGGGCCCAGGUGAGGGUUUCCUGAACUCCCAGACAGUAAAGGCACUAAAGUCACUUUAAAGCUUUUGGAGAAGGACAUUGGCUUAAUGAAGCCUAUGGCUCCUGGCUGGGCUUCUUUGCCCAGCUAAGAACUUCCUUAGCCCACCUCAGGAUCUGGGCUUGAAGGCUGCAGGACAUGAGUGUGUUCCUUCCCUUGACAUCCAUUCUCAGUGGCAAAGUAGUCCUGAGCAUCUCACGUUUUGCCCUUCUUAGGGCUCAGGUUCUUGCCUUAGCAUAUAGCUUUGUGGAGCUAUUCCGAAGCUUUUAGAACAAAAUAAGCACCAAGGAAGUGGGGCAGGGCUCUUCUGAUCUUGGGAAGACCAAGUCUCCCUGGUUCCUCUUUUCUCCUUGUCAACUAAGCUUUCCUCAGUUGUCAUCUCUUGCCAGCUCUUUGGCCCUGGAAGGGGCUGAGUUUAGUGCCAGCAGGCAAAUGAGGGCCGGUCCCUCUUCCCUGCAGAGACCCCUCCUUGUCCCAAACUGGAAGUAGUUCCCCAGACUGCCCUCGGCACUGAGGGCUGGAUGCCAGACUGGUUAACUGUGGUCUGGCUCAGUUGGGGAGAUGGAACCUCCAUAGAUCAUGGCAAGGACUGAAGACGGCUGAGCCAGGAAUGCUGGUGUGGAGGCAGACAGAGAUAGCUCAGUGGAAACUCUGGGAGGCCUGGGAUGUUGGGGCUGGAGCUCGGGUCCCAGGAGCAGGGGGAGGCAUUCCUAGAUGGCAGUAUUUUGGUUGUUCCAGGUCUUUUGAAGGCUCAAGACCGCCUUUCUGGGUGGCUGAGAAGCAAGGAGGUUGGUAUGAUUCAGCAGUACAGGGAUGGAGACUGCAAGGGCAGAGGUGUCCUCUGAGUGGAUCUCACCAGGCUCCUCCUGGGUCACAUGGCAUCUCCCAGGAGCUCUUCAGACCUUAAGCAUGUAAAGGGGGCCACUGUUGUGCUGAGGGUGAUUGUUCCUGUCUCUUUCAUUGCCCUCUCUCCCCUCUCAAACUACCCAAUGUGGUCUGAACUUGGAAGAGAUGGUUACUGGGGCCGCCUGGAGGAGAUUCUCACCUGGGGUCACUUUGAUCAGGGGUUCCAUCUCCUCUCCCCGUAUCCCAGCCAGUGCUGGGAGUCUCACCCUGUCUACAGCAGCGGGGGAGGGCUGGGUAAGGUUCACCAGCUUGUUCUGAGAGCCAAGCAGACGACGCCAUAAAGCCUGAGCCUGCCUGAGGUGUUGCCUCCUCCCAGUUGGUGCGGGGGCUGGUGGGCGGGCGGGCAGGCGGGCUGACAGCCGGCAGUUUGCGUGGGCUGUGCCAGCUGAUGUCUAUUCCCAGCCCUGGGAGGAAGGGGGAAGUCAUUUAUAUUCUGCAGGAGGAAAGGGGCCCCAGCUGUCACCUCUGACCAGUAGGCCUGGAGGGCAGGGGCACAGGGCAGAGAGGAGGGCACAGCUGGUCUCCUUUUGCUUAGAUGUUCUGACUGUAGUUUAGGGAGUAGGUCACCAGGAGGAGCCCUUCUUCCUGGCCGGCCAGAUUGUGGGGGACUUCCUUCCCCUCCCCUCUUUGCAUUUCUCCCUCCACACCACCUGCCCUCACAUCCUGGGGCAGCAGCUGGACAACCGUUAGGCCUCAGUGCCAGGGCACUCUUCCUCCAGCUGGGAUCUCGGUGGCUGCCGGCUGCAUAAGCCUCCUGCCUCCCUACACGCUCUCUUCCCCCCACUCCCUGUAUCUCCCCAUCUGGGAUAUAAGCUGGGCUCCUCAGCAGUGAGGCAGAGGCCUUGGGGGAGAAGCAAAUGGCUGCCCUCUGCCCUUGUCCCCUGGUUAGGGAAGGGUGCUAGUAGUCAGCCUGUUUUGCCUUUUUAAAAAAAGCCAGAGUGCUCAAAUAAAAAAAUUGCAUGUUAUUUGCACAAAUUUGCAUAGCAGGCUCACUAAGUCCUGAUUCCAAAUGUGAUUAUAUUCAAACUCAACCUUGAGGACAUUAGAAAUAUGGAUGGUUUUUGUAUCCAAAUCGUAAUAAGAGUACCAUUCUGGGCUCAGAUGCCCCCUCCAAUCCCCAUCUUUCCCAUAACCACCCCUUCCCUUGAGCCCCACUGUGGCUGGGGGUGGUGUUGAAUGGCAGGAGCUCUGUGCCUGGGGAAAUCUUCCAGACUCACCUUCUUGGCUCUUCAGCUGCAUCAAAGGUAGGCUGCUAUCCCUCUUGCCAGCCUGUGCCUCCUCUCUCCCCAACCUCUCACAGGGCAGACUGUCCCUCCCCACUCCCUGACACUGGCGUGUCCCUUCUUUCUCAUUGUCCCCACCCUUCCACCCCCGUGCAUGGCUGCUAUGGGUCUUGUUUUUAAAACCUCACUGUGGGAGAUCCAAGCAUCCUCCCUGAGCCAGCUGGCUGCUGUGCCAAGGCCUGUUCAGAGUUAAUAAUAAUCAUUAGCUGAACAGUGCUGGGGCCUUUCAGCUCCAGAUCUCCAAGCACUUGCAGGCUGAGUCAGCCAGCCCUCACCUUCCCCCUUUUCCUGGGCUGCAGAGUGUAACAGAAUGGGGAGGCACUGUGGGAGGGGAGGAGGGUCAGGAGUCUUACCUCCCAGCCAUAGCUUCAGGCUUCUUUCCUCUGGGAGUGGGCCCUGGGAGACCUCUGAGUAAACAAAUAAGGCCUUUUCACCUGACAGAGGUCAAGAUGUAGGGAACACAGUGUAUGCUCCGCUGACACUGGUAGUAGCAGUGGCAGCCGUUGACCCUGAACCUCUGGUCCUCUUGCCCUUCCUUCUGUUUUCCUGUCUUGGCCUCCAGAGGACACCCUUGGUCCUGACACCUGACCUCAGCAUUUCCAGUGGCCCCCUCCAGGCUUAGGGAGCAGGGAGGCCUCUGGUAGUGCUCCCACUGCCCCUGUGUCUGGUUGGCAAAAAGAGCCUGUAUACAUGAAGUGAAAAGUGCAUCAACCUGAAACUAGGAAACCUGUAGUCUGGGUUUACUCGGCCCCUAACAAUGGUGUGGCCAUGAGCAAAUCUCUUACUGCUGGACCUACCUCACAGGGAUGUUGUGAGGGUUAGAUGGGAGAACAUGCAUGUUAACAGGCAUUGCAAAGUUCAAAGCAUUAAACAAAUGUCAACAGGUGGUAU